GUCCCUAGUUUUGUGAAUAUCUCACUAAAUUUGGACAACAGGAGUGAGAUUUACAAACAUGAAGCUCAUUCUUGCCGCGCUGGUGUUGGUUAUGGUGGUCGGGGUGCAGGCGCAGUGGUACCGUUUCCCCGGACAAGCCGUCGGAGGUGCAAAGGACAUGUGGCGUGCUUACAGUGAUAUGAAGGACGCCAAUUGGAAGAAUUCAGACAAGUAUUUUCAUGCACGUGGGAACUAUGAUGCAGCAAAAAGAGGCCCGGGAGGAAGAUGGUCGGCCACGGUGAUCAGUAACGGAAGAGAAGCAAUCCAACGCGCCACUGGCCGGGGUCAAGACUCUGCGGCUGACCAGGAGGCCAAUCGCUGGGGGAGAAACGGCAGGAACCCAAACCGCUACAGACCAAGAGGUCUUCCAAGAAAAUACUGAGUCAAAAUGACAAUCAUCAGCACGAGAGGACAUUGCUGAAUAGUUUUGACUGCACCUCUGGGAUUACAGACGGAAAAAAGUCAAUCAUCUUUUUCAUAGCUUUUGUCUAUUUUUUCCAACAUGUUUUCCCUAUUCACGCUGAUUUAAUUUUGACUAAAAUUUAGUCUUAAUCUUCUAAAUAUACAUAUUUCAACGUCUUUAACACUUGUAUUGCAAUUCUGUAAAUUAAAGAAAAAGUAAAAUUAGACGUAUCACUGCCGAUCUGACUACCAAACUUUAAAGCCAGUCAUAUAUGUGUUACAGGAUCUCAUAUAUUCAAUUUAGAUGAAUGACCUUAGAAGAAUCACGAAUCAUUACUCUUGACCAUGUGUUUUUGACAGUAAAGGUGGAUUCUUGUUUUCAUUGCGAUAUUUGUGCCUCUUGCGCCAUCUUCAGGCAUUACUACGCAUUGUCCUGUGAUGCUUUUUCAAGAAUGAGACACGAACUCUUAAAAAUUAAAGUGUUGUCAUCAUUUAUCUUUCAAAACCUGUAAAACUCUUUCUUCUCUUCACUUUGAGAAAUGUCUAACUGGUUUUGCCCUUAAGGACUAGCUAUGACUUUUUAUUCAGUUCUAAUAAACUUUAUUUGAAGCAUUAAUUCAACAAUUACGAGCCUGCAUUAUGACGCAAUAGACACUUCAUCUGGAAAUAAUAAUAUCUAUUGCACAAAAAAUACUGGAACGAUCACAACGAUUAAGAUUUGUAUCACUAUCUGAUACACAAUAAUUCUCAAAGAUCAAUAUUUGUCUCACUGUAUAAUACACGAUUAUUUGUAUUCUGUCACGCUUCACUUAGGUUUUACUACACCGAAAAGUCAUUCAUUUAAAGUCAUAGGCCUACUUAUAUAAAGUUUUACAUGGGUUUAAUUGAAAGUCAAUGUUUCUGUUUCUGAUCUGUUUUC